UAUCAUGGGCACAGUAUGAGUGACCCUGGAAUCAGUUACCGAACAAGAGAAGAAAUUCAAGAAGUAAGAAGCAAAAGUGAUCCUAUUACUCUCUUGAAGGACAGAAUGGUGAACAACAAUUUAGCUAGUGUGGAGGAACUCAAGGAGAUUGAUGUGGAAGUAAGAAAACAGAUUGAGGAUGCAGCACAGUUCGCCACCACUGAUCCAGAACCACCUCUGGAAGAAUUAGGCAAUUAUAUCUAUAAUAAAGAGCCACUCUUUGAAGUGCGUGGUCCAAAUCAGUGGACUAGGUACAAAUCUGUUGGCUAAGAAUUCUGAUUAAGCAGCUACUUAAACUGAUAGAUAGCAUAUUGGAGUUUAACUGUUACAUCUGUUCUAAGUGAUAAAAGCCAGAUAAGAUAAAUCAUAAAAUAAAUUUUGGGGAGGGUGGGGAAAUGAGAAAAAUGGAAUUUUGAAAGAAAGUUGUGCAAGAAGUAAAUUAAAGUUUAUUAAACUUCAGUUUGUUCUGUGUUGCUGUAUGAUGAAAAUUAACUCAGCUAAAAUGGCAUUAUUUACAUUAAUAAAGUUUCAUCAAGAUUUUCUAAGCAUA